AUGUCUCCACAAGCUUUUGUCUCGCCAGUGCCCUUGUCUUCGCUGCGCCCGAGUCUCUCGACCUCGCUCACCCAACGCCGGCCCUCCGCGACACCAUCGCGUACUGCCACCAGGGCCAUGAUGGCCGAUGAUCGCAGCUCGAUCGACUUCGGGAAAGUCGACAUCAAAGGGGCCGGCGAGAAUCUCUCCGGUCUCAUUUUUACCCCUGAGUCCGAGUCCCCGCUCAAGACCCGCUGCGACGUCGGCUACACUGAGCAACAGGAAGCCGCCGUCAACAGACACAUCAACGUUGAGUACACGGCCUCUUAUGCAUACCACGCCAUCUGGGCCUACUUUGACAAGGAUACCGUCGCUCUCCCUGGCUUUGCAAAGUACUUUGCCGAGCAGAGCGAAGAGGAAAGGACGCAUGCUGCUGAGUUUAUGAAGUAUCAGAACAAGAGGGGAGGAAGCGUCGAGCUUCAGCCUAUUGCUGUCCCGGAAAUGACCUUUACGCAGGAAGACGGCACUAGUGACGCUGUCUAUGCUAUGGACUUGCAUUUGCAGCUGGAGAAGUUUGUGUUCCACAAGCUCAGGGCCCUGCACAAGGUCGCACAGGACGCCGGCGAUGAGCAGAUGCAGGACAUGAUUGACGACUACUUGACUCACCAGAUUGACGCCAUCAAGACAGCCGCCGACUAUGUGGCCCAGCUCAAGAGAGUGGGGACGCCGCACGGGAUCUACCACUUUGAUCUCAACCUCCAGGGAUGCUAAAAUCGCCAUUUUUGGUGUAGAGUAGGUGUGGACACGGCAGAGAGUUUUGGUUCUUCUUGCCGGUUGGAGGGGUGUGGACACGGCACAGAGUUUUGGCUCUGCUUGCCGGUGGAACGACCUGACUACCGACACCAUCAGGUGACCAUCAGGUGUCGGGGUUGGACGGUGUGCACGAGAUGACGGGUGUGACUGAUCCAUUUCCAUUUACUGUAGCGGGUGUACUUUUGUUUUAUUUUUCAAAGAUAUGCACUGCAUUUGAUUUUGAAUGGGGAUACCCACUGCUGUUUUCCAUGUCAUUGGUGCGCUUUUUCAUGUUAUGCGCUGAUUUGGGUUUGAAACGGGUGUGUCUUUCUGUUGUGUGUGUGUGUGUUUUUUUAUCGUCACCAACCCCUGCAAACUCCAGUUCGCGUCUCAUUCUCUGUUGUAUGUGUACUGUAUAAAUGCAUUUGUCGUCGAAAA